AUGAAGCACUUCUGCAUCCGCCUUCCCAUCCUCGCUUUCACCGGUCUUUGCGCCACUCUCGCAUGCUUUGGCUCGAUCUGGGCGGCAGUGGCUCUCAGCACGACCUCCCAUACUUCAACUGUCCUCGCCUCGUUGUCGAGUGAUCCGGCCUUUCUUCUCGCAACUGUCGCAUCUGCGCUCGGCGACCUCCUUGUCGGCACCGUGCUCCUCUUCUCGCUCCCUUCGCCAAAGAACUCCUCGACCUCCCUCCCUUCCCCUAUGCCUGCAUCUGCCGCAUGGCUGCUCUGCGUUAUCAUACUCUCAACAACCUCGGCUAUCUUCGCCAUCACCGCUCUCUUCCUUCCCUCGACGACACUCACAAGCGUCACCCUAUCCCUUCGCUUCCUUGAGACACCCAUAUACGGCCUCGCCUUUCUCUCCCUCUCGACUCUCUCGCCUCAUCCAUCCCCCCUACUCGACCCAACCCUGUCCCAGUCCUCCCACACCUCUUCCAACACUCUUCCAUCCUCAACGACAGAGAUCAAACCUCCGUCACCCCUUUCAGAAAUCGUCGUUCACCCCGCCAACCCUUCUCGCUCUCGCACUUCAGACUUCACAGCACGUCACAAACAGCAUCGCUCGACAUCCGCCAUCGACGACCGCCACCUUCGGUCGCUCUGCCUCCGUCCAUCGAGUCUUGCUUCCGAUACCGGCGCACAGGAGGAGAGGAGGAGGAAGAGGCUGUCGCGCGAGCGAUUCGAGGGGCAGGUUGCGCAGGUGGGUGCAGGGUUGGAGAGGGCGCGGUCGCCGCCGUAUUUGUCGAGUGUGAGCUGGGGAGGGAAGAAGGGGUCGCUCGAAGGAGCCGGAGGCGUGGUGAAAGAGGUGGAGGGGAGUUAG